AGAAUUUCCUUUUAAUCUGAGUCUGAGAUGUCUUUUCGUAGGUUUUCCGAGCACUUCAUCUCAGACCCGACCCAAGACUCACAGGUGAACACACUGUCAGUAAUACAGGAGCUCUUGGAAAGUGUGCGCGAAUUGCAGGAAGAGAACAACCGUUUGGCCAACUCGUGGAUGAGGGAGAAGAAGGAGCACGAGAAGCACCUUGUUCAGUUGGAGCAUGAGGUGGACAGUCAGGUGAAGGAAGUGGAGCACAGAGUGAAACAAAAGGCCAAACAAGAAGUGGAGGCCGAGAGGCGGUCAAUGAGGGACCUGAUGAAGGGCGAGAUGGAGGAACUCCAGUCCCAUCUGUCA